UUCUUCUUCUUCUUUUUCAUCUGAACAGAUUAAGAAGGAAGUACUUGCACGGCUGCAGCAGAUGAAGAUCCACUGGUAAAUGGAUCAGGAGUCUUGGCCUGUUCCCCAAAGAAAAGGAGCGGAAAGAAUGUCGGAGCGGGCCGCGGAUGACGUCAGGGGGGAGCCGCGCCGCGCGGCGGGCGGAGCAGCGGCCGCCCGGCAGCAGCAGCAGCCACAGCCUCUGCAGCCCCAGCGGCAGCACCCGCCGCCGCGGCGCCCACGGCCGGAGGACGGCGGCACCGGGGCCGCCACCACCUCGGCCGCCGCCAUGGCGACAGUGGGGGAGCGCAGGCCCCUGCCCAGUCCUGAAGCGAUGCUGGGACAGUCGUGGAAUCUGUGGGUGGAAGCUUCCAAACUUCCUGGGAAGGAUGGGACCGAAUUGGAUGAAAGUUUGAAGGAGUUUGGGAAAAACCGCGAAGUCAUGGGGCUCUGUCGGGAAGAUAUGCCAAUCUUUGGUCUCUGUCCCGCACACGAUGAUUUCUACUUGGUGGUGUGUAACGACUGCAACCAAGUUGUCAAACCGCAGGCAUUUCAAUCUCACUAUGAAAGAAGACAUAGCUCAUCUAGCAAGCCUUCCUUGGCUGUUCCUCACACUUCAGUAUUUUCCCUCUUCCCUUCUCUGUCCAAAAGCAAAAGCGGUGGUGCCGGUGGAAGUAGCCGGCCUCCCGGUGGAGGGGUCCUUUGCUCAUCCUCAAGCUCCAAGUUACUCAGAUUACCCAAAGAGAAACUGCAGCUCAGGGGGAACAUGAAGCCCAUGCAUCCCAUGCAACAGACUAAAGUCCCCCAUGGAAGAGUCAUGACGCCCUCUGUGAAGGUGGAAAAGAUGCAUCCGAAGAUGGAUGGCACACUACUGAAAUCCACAGUGGGGCCAGCCUGUCCUGCUACUGUGAGCUCUGCAGUCAAGCCUGGCCUUAACUGUCCCUCAAUACCAAAGCCAACCUUGCCUUCACCUGGACAGAUUCUGAAUGGCAAAGGGCUUCCUGCAAUGCCAACUCUGGAAAAGAAAUCUGAAGACAGUUCUAGUAACAGGAAGUUUUUAAAUAAGAGAUUAUCAGAAAGAGAAUUUGAUCCUGACAUCCACUGUGGGGUCAUUGAUCUGGAUACCAAGAAGCCCUGCACCAGGUCUUUGACUUGCAAGACACAUUCCUUAACCCAGCGGAGAGCUGUUCAGGGUAGAAGAAAACGAUUUGAUGUGUUAUUAGCCGAGCACAAAAACAAAGCCAGGGAGAAGGAGCUGAUUCGCCAUCCGGACUCUCAGCAACUACCACAUCUACUCAGGGACCCGCAUCCCACCCCUCCUAGGACGCCCCAGGAGCCACACCUUCCUGCAGAAUCAAAGCCUUUCUUAGCUAGUAAACCGAAACCUCAUACCCCUAGUCUUCCAAGGCCUCCAGGCUCCCUCGCUCAGCAAGGAGGGAGCACCCCCAUUGACCCUCCUCCAGGCCAUGGGUCUCCACACCCACCCUUGCCUGCCACUGAGCCAGCUUCUCGGUUAUCCAGUGAGGAGGGUGAAGGCGAUGACAGAGAAGAGUCUGUUGAGAAACUGGACUGUCACUAUUCAGGUCGUCACCCUCAGCCAGCAUCGUUUUGCACAUUUGGGAGCCGGCAGAUUGGAAGAGGUUAUUACGUGUUUGACUCCAGGUGGAACCGGCUUCGCUGUGCCCUCAACCUCAUGGUAGAGAAGCAUUUGAAUGCACAGCUAUGGAAGAAAAUCCCACCAGUGCCCUGUACCACAUCACCUGUUUCUGCCCGUGUUCCUCACCGGACAAAUCCUGUGCCGACAUCACAAGGUGGGAUCAGCUACCUAGCAGCAACCACUGUCUCCUCACCUCCAGUCCUGCUGUCAUCCACCUGCAUCUCCCCAAAUAGCAAGUCGGUACCAGCUCAUGGAACCACGCUAAAUGCACAGCCUGCUGGUUCUGGGGCGAUGGAUCCUGUGUGCAGUAUGCAAUCCAGACAAGUAUCUGCUUCAUCCUCAUCCCCCUCCACACCCUCUGGCCUUUCUUCAGUCCCCUCUUCCCCUCUGUCCAGAAAACCUCAGAAAUUGAAACCUAGCAAGUCUAUAAGGCCCAAGGAGUCUUCUGCGCUCAGUACUAACUGUCACAAUGCCAGUAGCAGUACCAGUGGUGGCUCAGGAAAGAAACGCAAAAACAGUUCCCCACUGUUAGUUCAUUCUUCCUCCUCUUCGUCAUCCUCCACUUCCUCUUCUCAUUCCGUGGACUCUUUUAGGAAAAACUGUGUGGCUCACUCUGGGACUCCAUACCUGUCAACAGCACUAUCUUCCCACAGUAUCGGCCUCAACUGUGUGACAAAUAAAACACACUCAGUGAGCCUCCGGCAUGAGCAGGUGGCGCGGGGUCCCGCUGGUGUGAGCCCUGCAGAGCCCAUCAAGAGGAUGAGUGUAAUGGUGAACAGCAGCGACUCAACUCUCUCUCUGGGCCCGUUCAUCCAUCAGUCCAGUGAACUGCCUGUCAACCCACACUCACACACUCCUCUAGACAAACUCAUAGGGAAGAAAAGAAAGUGCUCCCCAGGCUCUGGCACCGUUGGCAACAGUGGCAGCAAACCUACGAAGAUUGCCAAAUUGCCAGCUAUGAACAAUGUCCACAUGAAACACACAGGCACCAUCCCAGGGGCACAAGGAUUGACGAACAAUUCCCUCCUCCAUCAGGAUAUCUUCUCUCCUUGCUUACGAACAGGAAUUGCAGCAGCAGCAGCACCCCAGAGCCCUGACUUAAAAACCAAAGGCACGACCCUGACAGCUGACAGUACCACUGGACGGAAUAAUCCAGACAUUUUUGAAGACAAGUUACACCUCUGCUCAGCACUCUGGACUCCACGAUGCCUUUGAGUGUCUUUUUCUAAACUCCUGUGGGCCUUCAGGGUAACCUCUGGCUGUUUGACAAGGAUUUCCCGAAGCUGUGUCUGUAGCAGUGAGUACACGUAAAGGACACUGGAUCAAGUUCAGCCACCGGAUUGCUUUCUCAGUGUUAACAGUGGUCUGGACUGCUUGCUACCAAUCUGUGAGAAGUUUUUGUUUGUUUUGUUUUUGUUUUUUCAUUUUGAGCAUAUCAUGGAGCCACUCUUGAAGUAGAUUGGCUGGGCAAAGAAUGUCUUGGCAAGAGCGUUUCUGUAGACUCUCCUCCCUCUUUCUCUGCCAGAAUGUUUUUGAACACAUUCUCAUCUGUAAGUCAGUCUCCAGAAGUUAGUCACCUUACCUGGAGACUGGAGGCCUUCCAAAGAAAGGGGAGCGAGUUGCAUCCUGAGUAGCCAACCUCCUAGAGGAUAUUUGGCUUUAGAUUUUUUUUUUUUUUUAAUCGCAGUGUUCAGAACUAGUAUACUAAGAUAUUGGUCAAUGCAUCGUGACAUAGUAGCCCAGCCCUUUUCAAGUAAUUUGGGAUAAGAAGCUUAUCAAAUUCUUCAGACUUAAGAACUGGCUUGAAGCUGGUGAUGCCUGGAUAUUAAGGUUAAAGUAUCUCCAAAGCUUAGUUUUCAUGGUACAAAAGCAUGUGUGAUAAAAAAGAGAGGAAGAGAGGAAGAAUGAAGAAAAGAGAGACGGACAGAGACACGGAAUGAAAAGCCAGUUGGGACACUGGAUUCAGGGAGGUGAAAAAUCUUAAAGUGAGGCAAAAUGUGUAGGAUUUCCAAAGAGACUGACUCGAUUGUUACUGUGUUCAUUGAACAAUGUGUCAGAUUGGGGUGAUUGUCUUCCUCGGUCUGCUUUUUAAGAUCUGCCUUUUUAAAAGUUAUUAUCAUGUCCUUAAAUUUUCCAAGGCAUUACUCCCAUUUCCUCUUUCACUAGUGUUUGGAGAACUAAGUGUGAGUUUCUGCUUCCAGGCCUGCUGUCAUUGUCUGUGUCACGGCUUCGUCAGACCAUUAGGUGAUUAUUUGAAUGCAGGUGGGCUGAGGUGGAGACUCCCAGGAAAAGGUGCAUGCCCAUGGAAAGAAGCAGCUUUGUGAGGGGAACAGUGUUUACUUGUGCUCACCUUCUUUGUUGUGACAGUAACAGCCAUCCUCCCUCAGUGAGGUUUAAAGCCCUCUUUAAGAUUUCUCAGUACCCUACUCCCAAAGAAUGUUUAAUGUGUUAAAACAUUGCUUGAAAAGACGUCUACCGGUGAAUUUGGGGGUGAUCCAGGGCCACUGUAACCGCUCCUGCUCAGAGGACCGAGUCCUUGGGCUUAGGAAGAGAGUACAGUAGAGUGGCCAACAGGACAACCCCCAAGUCUGGGCAGAGCCCAGUCAGUGCGUCCUUUCCCUACAGUUCUUAUUACAAACUUGAGAUUCAGGGAAUUUCAGUCAACAACAGGUAGAAUGAAUAAAUACUUGGUUACCAACCUAAUAAUGUGAAUUGCUACAUUUACUCUUAUUAUGUAAGAACACAAAGACUUUAUGCAGAUACUUUAGCUAUAAAUUAAUGGAAAACGAACUUUUUUAAGGAAGGGAAAACAGAAUCUUAUUCACUUAUUAUGCAGUCAGUCAGUGAAUGUUGUAAAGACGACGCUAGAGGAGUGCUGAGGAGAGAGCGUGGAUGGGCCUGUGGUAAAGUUAAGAAGUCCGUCUGAUUGUCUCUCCCAGUGCUGGGGAAGGAGGAGAGGGGUCCCAGCUCACACAGUCAUUACUUGCUGACAAGUGCAAUGGGGUAUGGGGUAGAUUUAUUUUCAGAGCCGGGGACUUGGUGGUUAUAAAUUAAGUUGCUUUUAGUGAUGGAAUUUAUAGACAGAUGUUGUUCCGAAAGAUGUGAAUAAGAGCCACAAUAGGAAGUUUAUUCAGAAUAAAGUAGAUACUUAAGUUAAUGAGUGUUAUAAUUUGAUUUCUUAGACUGGGAUUUUAAUUGAACUUCAUUAUAUCUCCAGGAAACACACAGAGCCUCGGGAUUAGGAAAAGCCAUUUUGGAUUCUGCCUGCCACAAACAGACAUAUUCUAAACCGUGCUACUAAAGUUUAGACUGUUCAAAUAUUUUAUUUUCUCUGACAACUACUUUUUAUGAUGAUGAACAAUUAAGACCAUUUAAAAUAUGGGAGUACAAAUAUUUUUUUGAAUUAGAUUAACUUGCAGAAACCAAAUUUGCAGUGCUUGGGUUGUUUCUAGACAGACUUUGGUAUCAAUUUAAAACCAAGAUAAUUUUUUAUAUUCUUUCCAAUAGAAUUCAUGACAGCUUCUGCAGUUUUCUUAAACUACAAAAAACUAAAAGUGCUGCAAUGAUGAACAAAGAAUUAUAAAAAACCUACUUUUGUAUCUUUAUUUUGGAAUUUCUUGUUCUAUUAUAAAUAUGGAAGUAUCCCUAUUUCAGAAGACAUAUUUUGUUAAAAAUGAAUUGUACAUAUUUAAAUAUGUAUUUUUGCACAGGUCUUUUUUUCUGAUAUCCUGUUUUGGUACAAUUGAGAUCAUCUAGUAUUUAUUUAUUAAUUAAUAAAAAUAAAUACCUUUUUAUAAUUUGAAGUGGUUCACUGCCAAGCCAGUAGUUUAGAACCUGCCUCCUUUACAGUUAAGGGAUGCCUCUGUUGUGUGGGAGUCGCUGUCCCUUUUAGUGUCUCGGGAGUGGAUUCAUACAGAUGAAGCGGGCGUCUCUCAGUUGCCUGAUUUUCAAAUAGACUACAUGGAGCUAAGUGACACACUGCUUUUCUUUGUUUAGUUGUGUGUAUGUGUGUGUGUGUGUGUGUGUGUGUGAGAGAGAGAGAGAGAGAGAGAGAGAGAGAGAGAGAGCGCAAGUGCUCUGAGCACACCUGUGUUACUAGUAUGUGAUGUGGUUUAAAACUAAUGAGGAAACAAACAAAACAAACUGAAAGUGCCUGAACCUAGUUUAAGCUCAGACAGACAUCUUUAAAGACUUGAAUGCUGAGUUGAACUUCUGGAGUUUGCUUUUUCCACCUAAAUAUUAUUUCUUAAAGUUUUAGGGGAGAAGUUAAAAGCCACAAAGGCUGGUAAUUUUUAUAAGGUAUUUUAAAAUUUAAGAUCUUUUGGUUCACAGUAAUUUAACUGGCAAUAGACUGCCCAGUGCCACCAAGGGUUAUAAACUGUUGUCAGCCAGCAACUGUUUUGUUAUUCACUCAUGUAAUACAGAGUUUAAGAUAGGAUAUUUAAAAUAUUUUGUAUUAAAAAAUACAAGAAGUACCUCUGAGAACAUUGAAAAAAUGUUUAAUUUGAAAAAAAAAAAAAGUAACUUAUAAAGGCAGCUGUCUUCCUGUAAGAGUUCUGUUGCCAAGGGAUUUCUAUGUCUCCAUUCUGUCCUGGGUUGGGGAAAAGUUAGGCUUUGAAAAUGAUUGUUAAAAGUUUCACUGUUUAAAAGAGAAUAAUCAUUUUUACAUCUUAUGUAAGACAUUUUACCUUUUUCAGAUCAUUUAAAUGAGCACUACAUACUGUCAGUGUGAAUGCAGGGCCUUGAAAGAGUUGUUUGUUUGGGUUUUUUUUUUUUGGUUUUUUUUUUUUUAGCUUGUUUAUUAAAGCAAUCUCCUGUGUUAAAAUGUGUGAAUAGUUUGAUACAUGUGUACCCAUAAUCAAGAGCAUCUCAGCUGGACUUUGUGUUGGCUGCUGUAUAGAAAUGAACAAAUGUCAAGGGAUAGAAAAUUACUUUGGAUAUUUAAAAGAGAAGAAAUAUAUAGACUAUUUGUUUUGUAACAAGUUUCUGUAAAUAAAAUAAUUUAUACUAUUUAUAA